CCAGGCUCUUUGUACACAAUAAUGGCAGGCACCUGUUCGGUAGCUACUGAUUAAAUUACAGUAAAUUGCUGCUCGUUGCGCAGUUAUAAAUUGUGCCAGGCUUCAGUGAAAGCCAACACGAUGUAAUUUAGUGGUGAAGACAAGCCAAUAUGAUGAGCAUUGACCAGCCCGGUGCCUGGCAAUGGCGUGGUCUCGGUGGCGGUCAUGCAACGAUGGUAUCCGUGGAGUUUGACCGCCAACUGGACAGGAUAUCUUUGUGGCUGGAGGAGUGGACACAUCAACAGAGAUGUGAUAUACUGGAAGGUUUGUUGGUGAGAAGUGGCUACAGCCAGCUGCAGUUCUUGUGGACUGUACUGCAGCCUGCACUUCACAGGGACUUCAUGUAUUCUUCCAAAAAGGAAUUCCCUCUCUUGUCAUUCCCACCAGUCAGCACAUACAAGAGUAGAGAAAUCAAGAUAAAACUAAUCCAACACAGGCAAGAUGAUUAUUUCCGUGAAAACAGUGCCCAUUUUCGUUAUUUGGAUGAAGUUAAAGGUGCCAGCAGGGAACCAAAAAUGACAAACUUUGAUACAUUGGAAAUGAUGAACAGAGAGAAACCAACAGAGUUUGAAAAGAGCAGUCACGCAGGGCUUGGUUUACUUCCAACCAUUGGCAAAAACAAGAGACCCGACAAAACCAGCCACAGUCAAGGCAACAUACCCAUGGGCCUACGGACUGCAGAACCACUUAGGGAUAGCUGGGAAUUCAUCAAAUCAGCACCAGCCACUCUGAGUGAGAGUGACAGGUUUAUUGAAAUGCCAGUCAGGAGACACAUUCAGAAUGAAAGAAGUCCACGCGAUCGCCUGAGAGCAGAGAUUAGACAGAUGUUAGGAGAUGGAAAGCCACAGAAUCCCCGCACUGAACAUUAUGAUUUCAAGGCUACAUCAGCGCCCCCUCUUGAACAGAACUGGAACACAACCACACCAAUGUUAGCUUUAAAAGAGAAAAAGAAAUUUAGAUUGUCCCGUAAAGAUGAUGGGAAUAAAAAGGAGAAAAAGAAAAUCCUAAAAAAGCAAGAUGUUGUUGUGCCUUCAGACCUACCACAGGAGGCUUGGGAUUUGUUCCACUGGUAUGCAGAUUUAUGGGAUGAUGUCCAGAGAAAUGAGUUUCUCCACAAGGUGGUGUUGAAACUGGACCCUAGACAGCAUUAUUUCAUUUCCAGUUAUCUAGCAGUAAAGCAAUACAGAGAUUUCAUAUCAUUAUUACCUGAGCCUCUUGCUCUCAAGAUUUUAUCCUACCUCAGUCCUGCCGAACUUUUAGUGGCCAGUUCUGUAUGCAGAACUUGGCAGAGAUUAGCAAAUCACAAUGAAUUAUGGAAAUCAAAAUGUGAUGAAGUGACCCUAGAAAUUCCAGUUUCAAGCAAUCCUUUGUGGAAAAAAGUAUUCAGAGACAAUCUUUUCUUAAAGAACAACUGGUCAUCAGGAAAUUGCAGAGUCAUAGAGGUCAAAGGUCAUUCACAAAGAGUUUUAUCCCUCACCUUUGAGGGUAGAAGACUGGCAACUGGCAGUGCAGAUAAAUCAAUCAAAAUUUGGGAUUUACGUAAUGGCCAUCUAAUUCAAACAUUAAGAGGCCAUGCAAAAGGUGUCUGGUGCCUCAGUUUUUUCACCAAGAAUCUUCUAGUCAGCGGCUCCUAUGAUGGAACUCUAAAAGUAUGGAACUUAAAACAGGGUACAACUGUGCGUACAAUGUUUGGCCACGAAGGUCCAAUCUACUGCAUGGUUAGAAAAGACAAUAUAGUGGUCACUGGAUCUCAGGACAGAACUGCCAAAGUAUGGGAUAUAAGUCGCUGCUUAUUGCUGAAGUCAUUAGCAGGACACAGUGCUCCUAUAUUUGCUGUAGACAUGGAUGAAGAAGGCAAAUUGGCCAUUACUGGAUCAGCUGAUAGGAGUGUUAAAAUCUGGGACCUCCAAGCUGGGAAGUGUAAGAAGACAAUUUGGGUGAGCCCCACUACCUCCAUCAUGUCAGUCAGCUACAGUCAGGGCUUCAUUGCCUGUUCCUAUGGAGAGGUGAUAUGCCUGUAUAAACUGGAAGGAGCAAGUCUGAUCAAAACCUUUGAAGAGCACCAGAAAAGGAUUGAAUGCUUAGAGUUACGCAUCACUGACCCUGUUAAAUUGGAAGGUGUAAUGGUCAGUGCUGGCAAAGAUGGAGAAGUCAAAUACUGGGAUAUAUCACACCACAAAAGUUGCCAUUCUUUUAAACAUGGAGAAAAAGAGGUGACUUGUAUCCAUUUCGACAAUCUACGAAUUGCAAGUGCAUCAGCAGAUCAGAGAAUCAAGAUCUGGGACUUCAAUGUGUAGAAAGCCAAAUAUUACCAGCGAACAUAUAUUUAUUGUAUUAAUUUUUAUAUAAUUUUUGUAUAAAUACUAUGCGUAGAAUUUUUAAGCUCAAAAAAAUGUCAUUGGACAAAAUUAUUGACUGUCCAUGUUGACAUCCCACCUGCAGAUAUGAAAUAACAACAAAAUGUUAGAAUGUUUAUAUUUUCUGACAAGUCACCUGCCUCAGAGACAAUCUUUUUUUUUAUGCGAAGCUAAAGCUUACAAAUUGGGUGCAAUUUUGCAUUCCAGGUUUGUAGUAUUUAUAAACACAAGAAGAGCUUACAUUGGUGAAUGGACAAAAUUAUAGAUUUUCCUUGAUGACAUCCCACCCACAGAUAUAAAAUUACAACAAAAUGUUAGAAUGUUUAUCUUCUCUAACAAGUCACCCACCUCAGAGUCAGUCUUUUUUUUAAAUAUAUGAAGCUACAGCUGACAAAUUGGGUGCAGUUUUGCAUGCCAGGUAUUUGCCAAUGCCAAUAUUUGUUUUAGAGUUAGGUAUAUUUUUGCAGCAUAAGAAAUUAUAUAUUUGAUGUAUAUACAAUAUUAAAAUAUACCAUG